AUGGAAGGCCAGAGAGCAGUUAAAUCUGUGAUCAAGUCUUCUGUUCCUGGGGUAACCAUCACACAGUUCGUUGAGGAUAUUCCUAAAGGGUGCAGCACUCCUGACUUUGAACGGAAGCCAUUUACCUUAACAUUACAGGAAGGUAAAAAUGCCAUUUUCCGAGCAGUGGUCAAGGGGGAACCAAAACCAGAGGUGGUGUGGAAACGCAAUAAUAAGGACAUUGAUGAUCCUCAAAAAUACCAAAUCAAUUUCAGUCCUGCAACAAAUGAGUUCAUCUUGCAGAUAAACAAAAUCACUUCAGAUGAUGCCGAUUUAUACCGUUGCACUGCUGUGAAUGAGUAUGGGGAAGCCACGUGCACUGCUGGCCUCAAGAUUAUACAGGUUGGAUUUAAGAAGAAAACAAAGGAGGCACCUUCUGCGCAUCAGAAAGACUUGAAGAAAGAGAUUCAGGACUUUAGAAAAACACUAAAGAAACGAGCACCUUCAACUCUUCCUAAGAAGGAACUUGACAUGGAACAAGUCUGGCAAUUGUUGCUUCAUUCAGAUAAGAAAGAUUAUGAGAAAAUCUGCUUGAAGUAUGGUGUUGUUGAUUUCCGUGGGAUGCUGAGGCGGCUUCAGGAGAUGAGGAAGGAGAGAGAAGACAAGCAAGCCCAGUAUAUCUCCAGUAUCACAAACCUGAAGCAUGUCAGAGUCAAUGAGGAGAAAGGAAAUGCUUCCUUUGAUCUAGAGAUGGAACUGAAAAAUCCAGAAAGCAGAAUUUACCUGUACAAGGAUGGCCAGAUGAUCCAUUUUGGAUUUGACAGUGACAAUGUGAAGCACUGCCUGAGGAAGGUUGGCAAAAAGUACAAUUUCGUCAUCAACAAUGUACAGCCAGAAGAUGCUGGCGUGUACCAGGUCAAGGUGGAGGAUGCUGAUAUCUUCUCAACUGAGCUGGAAGCAGAAACCAUUCCAAUGAGUUUCCGCUAUCCACUGGGUGAGGUGAGAUGUCAUGAGCAAGGAAACGCAGUCUUUCAGUGCACCCUCAACGACGCCUGCUUCGAUGCUGCGUGGUUACACAAAAACUGUCGCCUGCAGCCAAGUGACAAAUAUGAUAUCUCUGUCUCAGAGGAUGGCUUGACUCACCGUCUGCUCAUCAAAAACACCAAGCUCUCUGACAAAGGGACUUACACUAUUGAUGUAGGAAGCCGCUCUUCAAGUGCCUGGCUUGAGAUUGAACCUGCCAAAGGAAAGAGAAAACAGGCUGAAGGAGACAGUGAUAAGGCUGGAUGGAAGGGCAAGCUACUAGAAGAUGGUGCUAAAAAACUUCGUCAAGGAGAAGGGCAUGAAGACCAAGAUUCCCUUUUAGACUUCACCAUGGGCAAAGAUGGCCAGUACAGGGAUGAUCGAGAUGGCAGUGGAGAAUUUCAUGGUUCCUUGGGAAAAGAUGGCUCUCUGGGAAGAGAAGGGAAGAUGGGACAAUUUUCUGGAGCAAGAGGAAAUAUGGCAGAGGGGAAUCAGCUUUCUAGAUUUGCAGGGGAUAGUAGUGGAGUUAUGGGAUUUGAUCAGAACAUUAUGCUAGGUAGAAGUGGUGUUAGUGGAAGUCCAGGUGGUUUGGCUGGCAUGGGAACAUUGAAUGGUAAGGAUGCUAUGCUGGGCGGUAUAUCUUCUGGCGCAGAAUUUGGAAGUGAAGGUGGCCUGCAUGCUGUAAGGGGGCAAGGUUCUAUGCUGAAUGGAGUUGGUAUUAGUGGUUCUGGAGCUGGAACUGGACAGCUAGAAGGGUUUUAUGACAAGAAGGGAGUACUAGGUGGGCCUGGUGGGCCUGCAGCCGUACUUGGUGAUGCUGGAGGUCUUUAUGAUAAGGAUGGUAUGCGAGGUAGUAGUGGUAUGCUAGCUGGAAGUGGAGGCACAGCAGCCAAAGGUGGACUCUAUGGAGAAGGUGGUAUGGUAAAUGGGGUUGGUAUCACCAAAGAUAGCACAGGGAAUGUACUCUAUGGUAGAGAUGGUGCUAGUGCUGGUAAGUUUGAAGCUGGGCAUGAUGGUAUAGGAGGACACUUGGGAAAAGAUAUGUUACCUGGAGCAGGUACCAGUGGACUUGGUGGUACUGGGGGUGUUGGAGGACUCCAUGGCGAGGAUGGUAUGUUCACAGGAAUAGGAAGUGGUAGACCAGGAGCUGCCGGUGGCAUUGUUGGGCUCUCUGGCAAAGAUGGUAUGCUAGCUGGAGCAAAUGGUGGUGGAUUUGUUGGUGUUGGAAAUACAGGUGGAUUCUAUGGCAAAGAUGGUCUACUAUCUGGUGCAGCUGCUUGUGGACCUGGUGGUCUUGGAGAUGUAGGAGUAUUUUAUGGCACUGAUGGUAUGCUAGCUAGAACAGGCACUGGUGGUCUUGGCAGUGAUAGAGGCAUGAAGGGAUUCUACGGUAAAGAUGGUCUACUAGCUGGAGCAGAUGCCGGAGGACCUGGUGGUGCUGGAAGCAUAGGGGGACUCUAUGGUAAGGAUGGUAUUCUAGCUGGAGCAAGCACUAGUGGUGCUGGAGGCAUAGGUGCACUCUAUGGAAAAAAUGGUAUGCCACUAGGAGCAGGUGCUGGAAGACCUGGUGGUGCUGGGGAUGUAGGGGGUGGCUAUGGUAAGGAUGGUAUGCUAACUGAAGCAGGUGUUGGAGGACCUGGUGGUUUUGGGAGCAUAGGCGGACUCUUUGGUAAGGAUGGUAUGCUAGCUGGAGUGGGUGCUGGUGGACCUGGGGGAGCUGGAGAUGUAACUGGUCUCUAUGGGAAGAAUGGUAUGCUAGCCGGAGCAGGUGCUGGUGGACCUGGUGGAGCUGGAGGCUUAGCUGGGCUGUAUGGUAAAGAUGGUAUGCCAACCGGAGCAGGUGCUGGUGGACCUGGUGGAGCUGGAGGCAUAGAUGGGCUGUAUGGUAAAGAUGGUAUGCUAGAUGGAGCAGGUGCCAGUGGACCUGGUGGAGCUGGAGGCGUAGCUGGGCUGUAUGACAAAGAUGGUAUGCUAGCUGGGAUGUAUGGUAAAGAUGGUAUGCUAGAUGGAGCAGGUGCCAGUGGACCUGGUGGAGCUGGAGGCGUAGCUGGGCUGUAUGGCAAAGAUGGCAUGCUAGCCGGAGCAGGUGCCGGUGGACCUGAUGGAACUGGAGGCUUAGCUUGGCUGUAUGGCAAAGAUGGCAUGCUAGCCGGAGCAGGUGCCGGUGGAUCUGGUGGAGCUGGAGGCUUAGCUGGGCUGUAUGACAAAGAUGGUAUGCUAGCCGGAGCAGGUGCCGGUGGACCUGAUGGAGCUGGAGGCUUAGCUUGGCUGUAUGGCAAAGAUGGCAUGCUAGCCGGAGCAGGUGCUGGUGGACCUGGUGGAGCUGGAGGCUUAGCUGGGCUGUAUGGUAAAGAUGGUAUGCCAACCGGAGCAGGUGCCGGUGGACCUGGUGGAGCUGGAGGCUUAGCUGGACUGUAUGGUAAAGAUGGUAUGCCAACCAGAGCAGGUGCCGGUGGACCUGGUGGAGCUGGAGGCUUAGCUGGGCUGUAUGGCAAAGAUGGUAUGCUAGAUGGAGCAGGUGCCGGUGUUCCUGGUGGGGCUGGAGGCGUAACUGGGCUGUAUGGUAAAGAUGGUAUGCUAGCCGGAGCAGGUGCCGGUGGACCUGGUGGAGCUGGAGGCGUAGCUGGGCUGUAUGGCAAAGGUGGUAUGCUAGCUGGAGUAGGUGCUAGUGGAACUGGAGGUGUAGCUGGACUGUAUGGGAUGGAUGGUUUGCUAGCUGGAGCAGGUGCUGGUGGAUCUGGUGGAGCUGGAGGCAUAGCUGGGCUGUAUGGCAAAGAUGGUACACUAGCCCUAGCAGGUGCCAGUGUUCCUGGUGGAGCUGGAGGCAUAGCUGGGCUGUAUGGUAAAGAUGGUAUGCUAGCCAGAGCAGGUGCCAGUGGAACUGGUGGCGCUGGAGGCGUAGCUGGGCUAUAUGGCAAGGAUGGUACACUAGCCAGAGGAGGUGCUGGUGGACCUGGUGGAGCUGGAGGUGGAGCUGAACUGUAUGGGAUGGAUGGUGUGCUUGCCGGAGCAGGUGCCGGUGUUCCUGGUGGAGCUGGAGUCAUAGCUGGGCUGUGUGGUAAAGAUGGUAUGCUAACUGGAGUAGGUGCUGGUGGACCUGGUGGAGCUGGAGGCGUAGCUGGGCUGUAUGGCAAAGAUGGUUCGCUAUCCGGAGCAGGUGCUGGUGGACCUGGUGGAGUUGGAGUCAUAGCUGGGCUGUAUGGUAAAGAUGGUAUGCUAACUGGAGUAGGUGCUGGUGGACCUGGUGGAGUUGGAGGCGUAGCUGGGCUGUAUGGCAAAGAUGGGAUGCUAGACGGAGCAGCUGCCAGCGUACCUGGUGGAGCUGGAGGUGUAGCUGGACGGUAUGGGAUGGAUGGUAUGCUAUCCGGAGCAGGUGCUGGUGGACCUGGUGGAGCUGGAGGCAUAGCUGGGCUGUAUGGCAAAGAUGGUAUGCUAGCUGGAGCAGGUGCCGGUGGACCUGGUGGAGCUGGAGGCGUAGCUGGGCUGUAUGGCAAAGAUGGUGUGCUAGCUGGAGCAGGUGCUGGUGGACCUGGUGGAGCUGGAGACGUAGCUGGGGUGUAUAGUAAAGAUGGUAUGCUUGCUGAAGCAGGUGCCAGUGGAAUUGGUGGGUCUGGAGGUACAGCUGGGCUGUAUGGGAAGGACGGUAUGUUAGCUGGAGCAGGUGCAAGUGGACCUGGAGGUGCUGCCGGUGUAGGUGGGCUUUAUGGUAGAGAUGGUGUCCUAGCUGAUGGGAGAUCUGGUCGUGCUGGAGCUGCGAUUUAUGGGAAAGAUGGUAUACUGGCUGGAGCAGGUGUUGGUGGAUAUGGUGGUGCUGGAGAUAUGGAUGGAUUGUAUACCAAGGAUGGUAUGCCAGCUUUAGCAGGCAUUGGUGGUGCUGGUAAUAUAGGUGGACUCUAUGGCAAAGAUGGUAGGCCUGCUGGAGCUGGUGUUGGGCUUGGUGAAGGAGGGAUAGGUGGCCCCUCUGAUAGGGAUGGGGGAAUAGGUGGUGUUGGUGUAGGAGUCAGAGGCAUUGAUGGGUCACUGUCAGGUGUUCCUGGUGAAGAGUUCUUGAAUUACGAUCAGUUGUCUGGUUUUUAUGAUGGUGGAGUCCAAGCUGGUGACAGAAGAAGACAGCUGUCUGAUACUCAUGCCAGUGGACUUAUUUUAGCUGAUAUUUCAAGAACCAGGGACAGGAAAGGAAGAGGAGGAAGUCUGCUUGAAGAGGAUAUGAGAGAAUCGCAUUGCCGUUUCACACAAGGUUUGUUUGAUGUCCAUGCCGAGAAAGGAAAAUCAGUUGUCUUAUCAUGCAGCCUCAACUAUGACCAGCUGGAGGGAACCUGGUUUAAAGAUGGCUUCAAGGUGACAGGACUGGAAGGCAUCUCUGUUGAGAAGGAUGGUGUGGUCCAUAAGCUGAUAAUAGAUGUAGUACAAGACAACCAUGCUGGGAAAUAUAAAUUUGAAACUGAAGGCAUCCGCACGGAGGCAUCUCUUUUUGUUGAAGAACCUCCAAAUGUUGAUGCUGCUGAACUUGAAAAACUGCGGAAGGAACCUGUAGUGGUUAAGGCAGGAAAGAAUGCCAUGGUCAAGAUCCCAUUUGAAGGCAAGAAGCCAAUCAGAGCUACUUGGCUGAAGGAUGAUGGUGAACUGCUGGAUGAUGCCAGGAUUCACAUUGACCAUUCAGAUAACUUCACCCGCCUUUCCAUAUUCAGCACCAAUCGAAAGGACUGUGGGGAUUACAAAGUGAAGCUGAAGAACGACAGUGGAAGCUUGGAAGCUACUGUUAAGUUGGUAGUGAUUGAUAAGCCACAGCCUCCUGUGGGUCCCAUAGAAGUCGUUGACACAUCCACAAGUGGCAUAACUAUCCGGUGGAAGCCCCCAAAAGAUGAUGGGGGUAAGCCAAUACAGAAGUAUAUUAUCGAAAGGCAGCAGGUUGGUAGAAAGACCUGGCUGACACUGGGUGAAACCAAUGAGAGCAGCACUAUUUUCACCACCAACAAAGUGGAACAUGACAAAAGCUACUACUUCAAAGUGAAAGCGGUGAAUGCUGAAGGAACCAGCGAGGCACUUGAAUCUGAAGAGGUGAUGGCUGCUACCAAAGCUUUUCCUGGCCCUCCCGCUCCUCCUAAAAUUGUCAGUGCCAACAAGGGUGCCAUCACACUCUCCUGGGCACCACCACGUAAGACAGGCAACUCCCGAAUCUCAGGCUACACAGUUGAGAAAUGCAAGAAGGGCAGCAACACUUGGACCCCUGUCAGUGACUUGCCCAUCACAGACAAAAAAUACACAGUGACUGAUCUGAAGGAGGGGCUGCAGUACGAAUUCCGUGUGGCCGCUAUCAGUGCUGCAGGGGCGGGUGAGGCCAGUUCACCCUCAGAUGCCGUUUUUGCUCGGGAUCCCAUGAAACCUCCGGGUCCAGUGAGGGAUCUUAAAGUGGUCAGUACUGACUAUACCAGCAUUUCUUUGUCAUGGAAGAAACCAGAAUCAGAGGAAGAAAGUCAUGCAAAGGGGUAUAUUGUAGAAAUGCGACACUCUGAUGUUCUGAAAUGGACCCAGUGUAAUGCUCUCCCAACAGCAACAACUACUUAUACAGUGAGAAAGCUAAAACCCAGGGAAAUGUAUUUCCUACGUGUGAGAGCAGUCAACGAUGGAGGUUCUGGUGAUCCUGUUCAGCUAGACACUUACAUCCAAGCUGUUCCUCCCUCUGUCUACCCCAAGCUCUUAGUAAAUGACACUAUGAAAAGCUUCAUGAUUGUCAAAGCUGGGGAUACCAUUCGUGUGCGCGUUCCUUUUGAAGCUUCCCCAACUCCUGAAGUGAUUUGGCUUAGGGAUGGGUUUUCUCUGCCCUACAAAGCCACAAUUGCUACCAGAGAAGGCCUGACCCAAGUCAUAAUACCAGGAGCUGAAUAUUCGGACAGUGGCCUUUAUACCAUCACCCUCCAAACUGAGAGUGGGAAGAAAGAGACCUUCAGCUUUCUAGUCCAAGUCAUAGAUAUCCCAGAAUCCCCUGGUCCUAUUCAGCUGGUUGAGAAUGUCCCUGAUACAGUGACUCUGAUUUGGGAGCCUUCACCAACAGAGAAAAGAGAAAAUAACCUCUAUUACAUGGUCAUGAAACGUGAUGCCUGCAAGGGAUCAUGGGAACUGGUGUCUGAUCUGAUUUACACAAACAAGUGCACGGUCUCCAGUUUUGUGCCAGGAAGAGAAUAUUACUUCAGAGUUCUGGCAAAAAAUUUCAUGGGAAUCAGUGAUCCUUCUGAAACAGUACAGCCUUGGAGUAUUCACAAAACAAAGGGUAAAUUUGAAGUCAGGCUUCCAAGAUAUAAGGGGAUCAACCAAAGCCAGCCUCCACGAUUUCUUGUCCAACUGAAACCACACAUUGUGACUUUAGGAUUUGAUUGUCACAUGAGCUGUGCAGUGACCGGAUAUCCAGUUCCACAGGUGACUUGGUACAAGGAUGGCAAGAACCUCUCCCAGGAUCCUUCCUUCUUCACCAAAAAUGAUUUUGGGGUCUGCUCCCUGGUGAUCCCAGGAGUCACACCAUCAGAUGAAGGAGAAUACAAAGUGGUAGCGAACAAUGCUCUAGGCCAGGCAUUCAGCAAAGCCAUUGUCGCCAUAAAAGGUAAAGACCAACAAGUGGGUAAGAUCUGCUGUACUUGA